GCGGGGCGGGGCGGCCAUGGCGGGGCGGCAGCAGGCGGCGCGCGGCGGCGAGCGCGGGCCGCCCUGCUCGGAGGCUGAGGCGGCGGAAGCCCCCGAGGAGGUGCCCUUCGGCGCGGCGAGGGAGGCGGCCGAGAGCGAACGGAAGCUGGUGGGGGAGGCGGCCCGGCGGCACCGGGAGCUGCUGAAGGAGAAGCGGCGGCGGCGGCAGGAGCUGUUCGCGGAGCAGAAGAAGCGGAAGCUGCUCCCCCAGGCCGUGCUGCAGGAGCUGGCGGCCGCGCCGCCCGCAGGGCGCGGAGGGCAGGCUGCGGCGGCUCCCCGAGGGAAACGCCGUGGCGGUGGGGCUACGAAGCAGAGACGAGGCCGAGGCCAAAGGCAAGGCCAAGCCCAAAGGCCGGUGAAGAUGGACAAGCAGAAAGGUGCCAGUAGGUCAAAAGGAAACUAUACAGCUGUGUGCUUAAAAGAUCAGAGUUUAGCAGGCCUCCACCAGCAGCUUGCCAAAGACUUUUUAAACGCUCAUCUCUACGGGCCGCACGCCAACCGGGCACAGGCAAAUGAAUUUUUUUCCCUUGAAAACAAGAAAAACCUGGUUAAAAAAGCUGCAGUUCAGUUUGUGGACAAAUCUUGGGGGCAAGAAAAAAAGCAAAAAGCAGCAAGGUUUAAGAAGCGGUGGCUCUCAACACACAUUAAAAAUUGAGUAUGAAGACAGCUUUUUCAGAUGAUGUUCUUAAGGACUUCUACUAAAAGUCUCUCGCCACAACCAAGGUGUUUUUCCCCCACCUUCAUCAUUCCUCCACUUCCAGCUCCAGCCAGCAGCCCCCGGCAGGCACCAACCCUCUCCCGGCCGGGCCCGGACCAGCCUCCCUCUUCCCUCCCCUGCCCCAGUGGAAGCGGCUGCUGUAGAGCAGGGGCAGCACCAACGGGCUUGUCCAGCUGCCUCCAUGAGGCAGCUCCUUCACAGAGAAUAAAAAACAAAUGGUCUUGUA